AUGGCGGGAUACGUGCAGGCGCAGGACCAGGUGCAGGCCAUGGUGGCCCAUGUCAAGACCUUGACCGUUGAAAAGUUGAAGAUACUGCUACGGACUGAAGGAUUGCCCGUGUCCGGCGUGAAGAGUGAAUUACAGAUAAGAGCCAUUGCACAUAUCGAAAAGUUGCGAAAUGCCGGCGACCAGGCAGGCUUGAGCCGGGUGCGUGGGAAUAUCAGAGGCCUUCCACCGAUCUACAACUCCUCCAACACCUACCCUUCACCAUACUCGACCCACACGCCGACCUCUUCGGCGUCGCCUCAAUUCUCGUCGCCCAACCCUCAUGCCUCCUAUGCCAUGUCUCCGAACUCACCCUAUGCGCCCAACCGCAUAACAUUCAAGGACUCGCCUUUUUACAGUAUCGUCAAACCGCUCACCAAUACGCUCGAGUGCAAAGCUCGAGAAACGACUCGCGACACAGCUCGUCUGACAGUCUCACUCACAGCGCCCCUCGCAGAUCAACUCCAGACACAGCCGAAUUUACGAGUCAUGGUGUUCUGCGCCGCAGAGGGCUUUCAACCGUACUCUCGAGAGCACGACAUUGCAUUUCCCCAUAACGUGGAACUGAAAUGUAAUUCAGACGAAGUCAAAGCGAAUCUUCGUGGAUUGAAGAACCGACCCGGGUCAACCAGGCCAGCCGAUAUCACCCAUCUCAUCAAGAAGAAGCCUAACUAUCCGAACAUUGUUGAGAUGGUGUAUGCGCUCACAUCCAAGAAGUACUAUUUGAUAGUCAAUCUGGUGUCGCAAAAGCCGAUUGACGUGAUGGUGUCCGAACUCAGGCAGGGAAAGACCAUCAGCAAAGAACAAGUCCUGCGUAACAUGCGGACAAAAGCUGAAGACCCCGACAUCGUGGCCACAUCAAGCGUCCUUUCCUUGAAAGAUCCGGUGGCGUACAGUCGAAUCCUCACCCCUUGCCGGUCGAUCGCAUGCAAUCACAACCAGUGCUUCGAUGCGUCCGCUUAUCUACAACUCCAGGAACAGGCCCCUACGUGGACCUGUCCGAUCUGUUACAAACCUGCUCCAUGGGAUCAUCUGGCGCUGGAUUUGUAUGUUAACGACAUUCUGAAUUCAACGCCGGACGAUGUUGAAGCGGUCGCUGUCGAGCCUGAUGGACGAUGGCAUAUUCAACGGGAUGAUGAUGCCUCAAAUCGCAACACCAAUCCUACUCCAAGUGAUGAUGACGAAGACGAUGACGAUGACGAAGAUCUUGUCGUAAUACCGGGACGAGCAGAUUACAAAGCCAAGGUUGAAACCCUUACACCCCACAGCGUCAGGACACCUCCUCUCUCAUCGAGAGAAGAUUCGACGGUUCCGUCGACCUCGAGACACGCCAAAAGACCACGCGAAAAUGUCAUCGACCUGACUCUCAGCGAUGAUGACGACGAUCAGCCGGCGCCGAAGCAACCGAGAACAACCGAGACUCCUUCCGAUCUUACACGGUCUCGACCUGUGAGUGACCGGUUCAACUUCCAAAUGCCUAUGCAUUCACCGUCUCAAAUUCCGAAUCGGUUCAACACAUCACUCUGA